ACCAAAUUACUAUAAUGAGCUAAACAUAUUUAAAUAAAUGCAAUACAUCACAUCAGAAGCUCAUUAUCGGCCAGUUUAUACCUACUCAAAAGUGACGUUAGCAAAUAUAAUAUGGCAUCCAUAUUGGACUCAUCUGUCACUUAAAAUAUAGACUUAGUUCUAGAACUAAGCUUGUUUAUGACAAACGUUUUAAAGGACAUUUCAAAAAUAAAUUAACACAAUGUUACAAAGCAAAUAAUAUCAAUAUGAUUCUAAAUAUUCGGUGUUCAGAAAACAACAUUAAAAUUCGUAUAUCGAAGGCGAUUAAUAAUUAAAUUUCAAUUGAUUGCAUUCUCGAUUCUCGUUCCAAUUUAAAAAAGUUGUCGGCCAUUUCCUCGAGUAUCUAUCUGUCAAAAAUAUGUUGUACUUCCUAUACACCCUUCCCGCCCUUGACUGCGGUCCACUUACUUUUUUUACGUACAGAGCACAAGCUUCGUGCAAUGGUAUAAAAACCAGCGGCGACCAAUUGAGAUCAGUCAGUAGCCUUCGAGCAGUCUAACACAGAAGUGCACGAUGAGAGUUCUGAUUGUCGCCGCCGUCCUCGCCUGCGCCGCAGCCGCGCCCUCCGGCCUGCUGGCAGCCCCCUACGGGCAUGGCCUCAUCGGUCACGCCGGUCUUGCGGUAGCCCACGCGGCUCCGUACGCCGCCGUUGCCCACGCCGCCCCCCUGGCCGUGGCCCACGCCCCAGUGGCUGUGGCCCACGCCGCGCCCGCCCUGCCCACCAUCUCCCCCGGAGACAUCGCCGGCGCCGCCAUCGAUGCCCACGUUGAAGCCUCCGACCACGUCCGCGCCGCGUCCGACGCCGCCCGCGAGUACCACGACCAGGCCUCCGAGCUCCACGGACAGGCCAUCAACGCCGCCGAGGACCACUCCUGGCAAGCCGUCGACGCUGUGAAGACCGCUGAGGCUCAGCUGGACGGUGCCGCCGCCGGUGUCGCGCCCACACUCGCCAAGCAGCUGGUAGGCCACUCCGCCGUGGUCGCCGCCGCGCCCGUCGCCUACGCCGCUCACGGCUACGCCGGCCACGGUUACGCCGGCCACGGUUACGCCGCCGCUCCCGCUGUGGCCUACGCCGCGCCCGCUCUCGCCGCCAGCAAGACCGUGGUCAGCCAGUCCCUGUCCCAGUCGCACCCCGCGCCCGUGGUCCACGCUCCCGCCGUGGCCUACGCGCACGCUCCCCUCGCGGUCGCGCACGCCGCUCCCGUCGCUUACGCUCAUGGACUCCACGGACACGCAUGGUAAACUGUGAUAGUAUUUAGAUACCAAAAACAUAAUACUCAAUUUUCGGAUUUGUAAAUAAAUUAUAUAAAAAAAUACAGGCUAACAGAGGCGAGGAUGUGUGAAUAAAUGAAAUAGUAAUUUUA